AUGUCUGACGACGGCUACGACGACAUAGCUACCACAGCCACCACCGCCAAUGGUAAGGGUUGUAGCUUGCAGGAAAUCAACAACGAGAACGUCGACCUUGAGAACAAGUUUUUGAAGUUUUUGAGUUUUAUGUGGAACCCACUCUCAUGGGUCAUGGAGGGUGCUGCUAUGGUGGCUAUUAUCAUGGCAAACGGACAGGGCAAGCCACCAGACUGGCAGGACUUUGUGGGUAUUUUGGUAUUGCUGCUCAUCAACUCAACGAUAAGUUUCUAUGAAGAGAAUACUGCAGGCAAUGCUGCAGCUGCUCUUAUGGCAGGUCUUGCCCUGAAAACCAAGGUUUUGAGAGAUGGAAGGUGGAUCGAGCAACAGGCUGCUGUCUUGGUCCCAGGGGAUGUGAUCAGUAUCAAGCUGGGAGACAUUAUACCAGCAGAUGCUCGUCUCCUGGAGGGCGACCCGCUUAAAAUUGAUCAGUCUGCUCUCACUGGUGAGUCUUUGCCAGCUACAAAGAAGCCAGGUGAUGAAAUCUUCUCUGGGUCUACCUGCAAGCAUGGUGAGAUUGAAGCUGUUGUGAUUGCCACUGGCGUGCACACUUUUUUUGGUAAAGCUGCUCAUCUUGUAGACAGCACCGAUCAAGUGGGGCAUUUCCAAAAGGUGUUGAUAUCCAUUGGAAACUUCUGCAUAGUCUCCAUCGCAGUGGGAAUAAUAAUAGAGGGAAUCGUAAUGUGGCCAAUUCAGAACCGCAGUUACCGAGCUGCUAUUGACAACAUCUUGGUGCUUCUCAUUGGAGGGAUCCCAAUCGCCAUGCCAACCGUGUUGUCAGUGACAAUGGCCAUUGGAUCCCACUGGCUUUCCAAGCAAGGUGCUAUCACGAAGAGGAUGACGGCUAUAGAAGAAAUGGCUGGAAUGGAUGUACUAUGCAGUGACAAGACUGGUACCCUCACUCUUAACAAACUUACAGUAGACAAGAGCUUGGUUGAGGUAUUUACUAAGGAUGUCGACAAAGACACUGUGAUUUUGCUUGGGGCUAGGGCCUCCAGAGUUGAGAAUCAGGAUGCUAUUGAUGCAUGUAUUGUCGGGAUGUUGGCGGAUCCCAAGGAGUUUCAUCUUAGUUUGUUGGCAAUCAAGCUUGCUUUCCCUAGUUUGAAAGUUGUCAAUAGAGCCAGAGCAAGCAUUACCGAGGUGCAUUUUUUGCCAUUUAAUCCAGUAGAGAAGCGUACAGCUAUAACAUAUAUUGACUCUGAUGGCAAUUGGCACAGAGUUAGCAAAGGCUCCCCUGAGCAGAUCAUUGCGUUGUGCAACCUCCGGGAACAUGUGGAAAGAAAAGCUCUUGCCAUCAUUGAUAAGUUUGCUGAACGAGGGCUCCGCUCUCUAGCUGUUUGUAGACAAAUUGUCCCAGAGAAAACCAAGGAAAGCCCUGGAGGGCCAUGGGAAUUUGUGGGCCUGUUGCCUCUCUUUGAUCCUCCAAGGCAUGAUAGUGCAGAGACAAUUACUCGUGCCCUUAAUCUAGGUGUCAAUGUUAAGAUGAUCACUGGUGAUCAGCUCGCAAUUGGCAAGGAGACUGGUCGGAGGCUUGGGAUGGGGACUAAUAUGUAUCCCUCUUCUGCUCUCCUUGGGCAGCACCCGGAUGCGCCAACUGCAGCCCUUCCUGUCGAUGAGCUUAUUGAAAAGGCUGAUGGCUUCGCUGGUGUCUUCCCUGAGCACAAGUAUGAGAUUGUGAAGAGGCUGCAAGCUAGGAAGCACAUUUGCGGGAUGACUGGAGAUGGUGUAAAUGACGCGCCAGCAUUGAAGAAGGCAGACAUUGGAAUUGCAGUGGCCGAUGCUACUGAUGCAGCCCGGGGUGCAUCUGACAUAGUCCUGACAGAGCCAGGAUUGAGUGUGAUUGUGAGUGCUGUGUUAACAAGCAGAGCCAUUUUCCAGAGAAUGAAGAAUUACACCAUCUAUGCAGUCUCUAUAACCAUCCGUGUCGUGCUAGGUUUUCUGCUCCUUGCUCUAAUUUGGAAAUUUGAUUUUUCUCCUUUCAUGGUUCUGAUCAUUGCCAUACUCAACGAUGGAACAAUCAUGACUAUUUCCAAAGACCGAGUGAAACCAUCUCCACAUCCCGAUUCCUGGAAGCUUCAGGAGAUAUUUGCUACUGGUGUCAUUCUAGGCACCUACUUAGCUCUAAUGACUGUUACUGCUUUCACCUCAAAGAAGGAUUAUGGAAAAAGAGAGAGGAUGGCACAAUGGGCUGCUGAUCAACGUACCAUUCGUGGACUGCAUCCUCCUGAAGGCUCAGAACUCUUCCAAGAUAAGAGUAGCCACAGAGACUUGUCUGAUAUUGCUGAACAGGCCAAGAGGCGUGCUGAAGUUGAUAGGCUGAGGGAGAGAAACCAUUCAACAACACUACACUGUUUGAAUGAGAAAAGAUGCCCAGGAUUUGAAGCAUCGUAG